AUGUCCAAAAUCAGACCAAAAAGAACCAUUGCGCAUUCUUCGUUAGAUUUUUGUGAGAGUUCACAAUUCCAAAAUGGUGGCUACAUCAAAGUAAUGGAACUCAUAUCUCACGUUGUCAUUGAAAGAAAUUAUUUACCCACCGCAACAACGGAUGAAACAAGAAAACAGCAGAAUCUUGAGCUGAUGGUGAGUGAAUCAGUUUGUACGUCCAAAAAAUGCAGAAAGAACACGAACUAUAUAUCAAAGGAUCUCACAAAGAAAAAACCAAGACUUGCCAAAAGAGACAAGAUCCGCGAGUGGUUCAAAAAACAUUUACUAAACGAAGAGAUCGAAAUUCUUUCUCAUAAAAAACAAUUGAGUAGUAUUGAUGAAGAUCAGUUUCCUUCAAAUAUCCUUGUGGGAUGUUCAAGAGAACUAAGUAAACCCGAAUCAUUUCAAAAUUUUGAGAAAUACAAAUUUUUUCGUUAA